CCAUUCCCUCUGCCUACGUGGUUCAGUAGUCUCCAACCGGCAAGCGCAAAAGAUCCAAGCUCUUCAAGCAACAACCUCCCGGCACGAAGCUAAACUACAGCUCACAAUUUUCUUGAUUCAUCAACAAAAACAACAAUCAAAAUGAAGACCGCCAUCAUCGCAUCCCUUAUCGCCUCUGCUGCUGCCUUUGCUCCUGCCAAGGAUGCUUCCCGCAGUACCGCCUUGAACAUGGCCUUCGAGGAUGAACUUGGUGCCCAAGCUCCUCUUGGAUUCUUCGAUCCCCUUGGUAUGGUUGCUGAUGGAGACCAAGAAAAGUUCGACCGUCUUCGUUAUGUUGAGAUCAAGCACGGACGUAUCUGUAUGUUGGGAGUUGUUGGAUACCUCCUCAACGCCGCCGGAGUCUACCUUCCCGGUGACAUUGACUACUCUGGAACCAAGUUCUCCGAUCUUGGAUACGGAUGGGAUGCUUCCUUCGCUGUCCCCGUUGCCGGUGCUCUCCAAGUCUUGGCCUUCGUUGGUCUUUUGGAGCUUGCUGUCAUGAAGGACAUUGAAGGAACCGGAAAUGAACACGUUGGUGACUUCCGAAACGGAGCUCUUGACUUCGGAUGGGACUCUUUCGAUGAGGAGACCAAGCUCACCAAGCGUGCUCUUGAAAUCAACCAGGGACGUGCCGCCCAAAUGGGUCUUUUGGGACUCAUGGUCCACGACAAGCUUGGAAAUGUUGAGAACUUCUUCCCCAACUAAACGUCGGAAUCCUUUGCCUGACAGUGGCUGUUGGUUUUCUGCACCUAUAGUAAUAUUAUAGACGGAUUUAUAUUGUGC